UGUCCGUUGUAGACUCACUCUUUCUUCUUCCUUCUACAUUGCCUUUGACUUCUAACCUCUCUCUCCAACACGCUUCUUAUUUUUCCUUCUUCAUCAACACCCUUUGUCUUAUAAUACACAACCUCUUUCUCUAUAUAGUUGCCCUUCUCAACAUGCAACUAUAGUUUAUUCAUUCAAAGACCAACUUUCCAAAUUUGCUGCAAAAACACAUUCAUUCUUCAGCUCAAUUUUUCUGUUCUGGGUUGGUCUUAUUUCAUCAAGUUGUAGUGGGAAUAAUUUAUAGUUUUCAUAUACUUCACAUUUUUUUCAUUGUUGUCAAUGGUUUGAAGAAUAUCUGUGACCUUGUGACUUGUAAGAUAAGCUUGAAGCUUGUGGUUUUGCAUCAUGGGCACUUCUAAGAGGCCACUUCUAUUACCAUCUCCAAGAACUCCCAAUCAACAAGAUUUUCCUACCAUUCCAGUUUUUUCUGAGCUAUCCAAAUCAAAGUCAAGUUCCAGCAACACUGUUACUUUCUCUGGGGUGGAUACUAGCAACCCAGUUGAGAAGAACUCAUCAAAUUCAUCACCAUCCAUGUCAAUUCACUCUGAGAGGAGCAACUCUGUUAAGGAAGUGAGUUUCUUACCUUCAGGGUCAAAGAGGCUACCUGUUCGUUAUGGCUCCUCAAAGGGUGGUGGUGGUGAUUCUGGAAGACUCAGCAUGUCUCAGAGGGAACUCAGUGAUGAAGAUGCACGAAUUGUUUGUAUAGAUGACCCUGAGAAGACGAAUGAGACGGUUCAAUUCGCAGGAAACUCAAUCCGCACCGCGAAAUACUCCAUCCUCACUUUCAUCCCAAGGAAUCUGUUUGAACAGUUUCAUAGAGUUGCUUAUGUGUAUUUUCUGAUAAUUGCAAUUCUCAAUCAGCUUCCUCAGCUUGCAGUGUUUGGGAGGGGUGUUUCAAUUUUGCCAUUGGCUUUUGUCCUGCUUGUUACAGCUGUGAAGGAUGGCUAUGAAGAUUGGAGGAGGCACCAGUCUGACAAAGUUGAGAAUAACAGGUUAGCAUCAGUUUUGGUUAAUGGUGAAUUUGUAGAGAAGAAAUGGACUGAUAUAAGGGUUGGUGAGAUCAUAAAAAUCAAUGUAAAUGAGGCUAUUCCUUGUGAUAUUGUGUUGCUCUCAACUAGUGAUCCAACUGGGGUUGCAUAUGUGCAGACCCUGAAUCUUGAUGGAGAGUCCAAUUUGAAGACUAGGUAUGCAAAACAAGAGACAGGUUCAAAGGUGCCUGGGAAGGACAGCUUGAAUGGUUUGAUCAAGUGUGAGAAGCCAAACAGGAACAUUUAUGGGUUUCAUGGCAACAUGGAAGUUGAUGGCAAGAAAUUGUCACUAGGAUCCUCCAAUAUUGUUCUUAGAGGGUGUGAGCUCAAGAAUACUAUUUGGGCAAUUGGUGUUGCUGUGUAUUGUGGGAGUGAAACCAAAGCAAUGCUCAACAGUUCAGGAGCUCCAUCAAAGAGGAGCCGGCUCGAGACGCGGAUGAAUUCUGAAAUCAUCAUGCUCUCUUUCUUUCUUGUAGCACUGUGUACAGUCACCUCAGUUUGUGCUGCUGUUUGGUUAAAGCGCCACAAGGAUGAGUUGAAUCUCUUGCCUUAUUAUAGGAAGCUUGAUGUUUCAGAAGGGGAAAAUGAUACCUAUAAAUACUAUGGAUGGGGGUUCGAAAUCUUGUUCACAUUCCUCAUGUCAGUUAUAGUGUUCCAGGUCAUGAUUCCUAUAUCCCUGUACAUUUCUAUGGAGCUUGUUCGUGUUGGCCAGGCUUACUUCAUGAUCCGGGACAACCGAAUGUAUGAUGAGGCAACAAAUGCUAGAUUUCAGUGCAGGGCUUUGAACAUUAAUGAAGAUUUGGGGCAGAUUAAAUAUGUAUUCUCAGAUAAAACAGGUACACUUACUGAGAAUAAGAUGGAGUUUCAAUGUGCUAGCAUCUGGGGGGUUGAUUACAGUUCUACGAAAGAUGAGGAAGUUGAGAACUCUGUGCAAGUGGAUGGAAAGAUCUUGAGACCGAAGAUGAAGGUGAAAGUUAAUCUGGAGCUUUUGCGGUUAGCAAGAAGUGGAGUUGGAAAUAUGGAAGGAAAAAGGAUUCGUGAUUUUUUCCUAGCACUGGCAACCUGCAAUACUAUUGUGCCUAUUGUAGUUGACACACCUGAUCCUGAUGUCAAGCUGAUAGAUUACCAAGGGGAGUCACCAGAUGAACAAGCAUUAGCAUAUGCUGCCGCCGCCUAUGGUUUUAUGCUUAUAGAACGAACCUCAGGCCAUAUAGUCAUCGAUAUUCAUGGAGAAAGACAAAAGUUCAAUGUCUUGGGUUUGCAUGAAUUUGACAGUGAUAGGAAGAGAAUGUCAGUUAUAUUGGGGAACCCUGACAAUUCUGUGAAACUUUUUGUCAAAGGGGCAGAUACAACCAUGCUUAGUGUGAGAGAUAAAUCAUCUAACACAGACUUAAUCAAAGCCACUGAAAACCAUCUUCACUCUUUUUCUUCACUGGGUUUGAGGACACUUGUUAUUGGGAUGAGGGAACUGAAUGCAUUAGAAUUUGAGGAAUGGCAUGCUGCAUAUGAGGCAGCAAGCACUGCUUUGUUUGGCAGGUCCGCGUUGCUUCGAAAGAUUUCGAACAAUGUAGAGAACAAUGUAUGCAUUUUGGGAGCAUCUGCUAUUGAAGAUAAACUGCAGCAAGGUGUGCCAGAAGCCAUUGAGUCUCUAAGGACUGCAGGCAUUCAUGUGUGGGUGUUGACCGGGGACAAACAAGAAACUGCUAUAUCCAUUGGAUACUCCUCAAAGCUUCUAACAAACAACAUGACUCAGAUCGUAAUUAACAGCAACAAUAGAGAAUCAUCUAGAAAGAAGUUACAAGAUGCCCUUGCCUUGUCUAAAAAGUUCACCAACACUACUGGAGGAAAUUCUGAUGCAAAUUCAAAUCAGAUAGCUUUGAUUAUUGAUGGUGGCAGCCUUGUACAUAUUCUUGACAGUGAAUUUGAAGAACAGCUAUUUCAACUUGCAAGUAAAUGUUCAGUUGUUCUCUGUUGUCGAGUGGCUCCGCUGCAAAAGGCUGGAAUUGUGGCUCUUGUGAAGAAAAGGACUUCUGACAUGACACUAGCCAUUGGAGAUGGUGCUAAUGAUGUCUCCAUGAUUCAAAUGGCUGAUGUUGGAGUUGGAAUCAGUGGACAAGAGGGUCGGCAAGCUGUAAUGUCAUCAGAUUUUGCAAUGGGCCAGUUUAGAUUUUUAGUUCCUCUCUUGUUGGUCCAUGGACACUGGAAUUACCAACGGCUGGGUUACAUGAUACUAUACAAUUUCUACAGAAAUGCUGUCCUCGUUUUUGUCCUAUUUUGGUAUGUGCUCUACACUGCUUUCACUUUGACAACUGCUAUAAAUGAAUGGAGCUCCACAUUGUAUUCAAUAAUAUACAGUGCACUGCCAACUAUCAUUGUUGGUAUUCUAGACAAGGAUCUUGGUAAAAGGACUCUGCUAAAGUAUCCUCAGCUCUAUGGGGCUGGGCAGAGAGAUGAGGCCUACAACAAAAGACUAUUCGUGUGGACAAUGGCUGAUACUUUGUGGCAAAGCAUAGUUAUCUUCUGGGCUCCCUUGUUUGCAUAUUGGAGCAGCACUAUUGAUGUGGCAAGCAUAGGAGACCUUUGGACUUUUGCAGUUGUUAUCUUGGUUAAUUUACACUUGGCCAUGGAUGUUGUGAGAUGGUAUUGGGUGACUCAUGCUUCCAUUUGGGGGUCUAUUGUUGCAACUUUCAUUGCUGUCAUGAUCAUUGAUGCUAUACCCUCACUUCCUGGUUACUGGGCCUUCUUCCAUGUUGCUGGCAGUAGAUUGUUCUGGUUGUUGUUGCUGGGAAUUGUGAUAACAGCAUUGCUUCCUCGUUUGUUUGUGAAAUUUCUGUAUCAAUAUUGUUUUCCUAAUGAUAUUCAAAUAUCUAGAGAAGCUGAGAAGAUAGGGCAUCGGAGAUUUGUUGAAAGUGGGCACAUAGAAAUGCUUCCUGUCUCAGAUACUCAACCAAGAUGGUAGAAGUGUCCUUCUGCCAUUUUUUUUCUUUUGUAAAGUUGCAUAUUCUUUAGUCUAUUUGAGAGUAUUUUUUGUAUCUUGCCAGAUUUCAUUGUAUGCUAUCCGAAGGAUAGAGUUUUUGUCACACUGCAUAGGUUUGUUGUAUUUUUCAUUCUUUUAUAUCCUUAAUUUUAUCCUGUUGUAAAUUAACCUUCAGUAAAGCAGAAGAUGAAAUAGUAGAUUACAUAUUACAUACA